AUGUCCUCCUUCCUAAACAACAUAUUGGCUCGAUCCCCGCUUUCUGCUUCCUUCCCUCAGUCCGAUUCCCCAUCUCCUUCCUCCAAACCUCUCAUGGAUGACGAAUACGCCAAGAAGCUGACAUCCGCGAUGCCUGAAUCAGAAAAGUGCGAGUUGAGGGUCGAGGGGAUGACAUGUGGGGCGUGUGUUGAGGCAAUCGAAGGCAUGCUUAGGGACCAGAAGGGCAUCCAUUCAGUCAAAGUGGCUCUUCUUGCAGAGCGGGCGGUUAUUGAGUACGAUCCUCUGCACUGGACAGUAGUGAAACUCGUAAAUGAAAUUUCUGAUAUUGGGUUCGAUGCUACAUUAAUACCACCCGCACGAGCCGACACUGUCCAACUCAAAAUAUAUGGGAUGACCUGUGCAGCGUGUACCAAUUCUAUCGAAACAGGCCUUUCCGCUUUACCAGGUAUCACGGGUGUUGCUGUUUCCCUUGCCACGGAAACCUGCGUCGUCAAUUUUGAUCGUGCAAUUAUCACACCUCGAGAAAUGGUUGGGCAUAUUGAGGACAUGGGCUUCGAUGCCAUUCUCUCAGACCAACAGGAUGCCACUCAACUUCAGUCUUUGACUAGGAUGAAAGAAGUUUUAGAAUGGCGUUCACGUUUCAUAUGGAGCUUAGCUUUCGCCGUUCCCGUCUUCUUCCUACAUAUGAUCGGUCCUAGGAUCCCUGGUGUUAGGGAUGUUCUUGCAUAUCGCCUUUUCAGUGCCAUCUAUUUGGGGGAUGUUCUGGCAUUCAUUAUCACCACACCCUCCCAAUUUUGGAUUGGUGCCAGAUUUUACAGGAAUGCAUAUAAAUCCCUCAAGCACGGGUCAGCUACUAUGGACGUGCUAAUUGUUCUAGGAACAUCAGCUGCGUAUUUCUAUUCUGUUUUCUCCAUGCUCGCGGCCAUGUUCAACACAACACCUGACUAUCGCCCACAUCUUUUCUUCGAAACAAGUACUAUGCUCUUUAUGUUCGUUUCUCUGGGCCGGUACCUGGAAAACAAAGCCAAGGGCAGGACAAGUGCGGCUCUUACGGAUUUGAUGUCCCUUGCUCCAUCUAUGGCCACCAUUUAUACCGACGCCCCGGCUUGCACACAGGAAAAGAGAAUCCCAACGGAACUUGUCGAAGUCGGCGAUACCGUCAAGCUAGUACCCGGAGACAAAAUACCAGCGGACGGCAAUGUUAUUCGUGGGUCAUCCAGUGUUGACGAAAGUGCGAUCACUGGUGAAGCUCUUCCUGUCACCAAACUUGUUGGAGAUUCAGUAAUCGGAGGUACCGUCAAUGGUUUGGGCACUUUCGAUAUGGUUGUCACCCGUGCAGGCAAGGACACUGCUCUAUCACAAAUUGUCCGCCUGGUCGAGGAAGCACAAACAUCAAAGGCACCUAUACAAGCUUUUGCAGACAAAGUUGCAGGCCAUUUCGUUCCUACAGUUAUUAGCCUCUCAGCUCUAACGCUACUUGCAUGGUUACUCCUUAGCUACUUUGUCGAUGAUGAUCAUCUGCCGAAGAUGUUCCACAUGCACGGUACCAGUAAACUGGCGGUAUGCUUGCAGAUGUGCAUCAGUGUAAUUGUCGUUGCGUGCCCAUGUGCGCUUGGUUUAGCUACGCCUACUGCUAUUAUGGUUGGUACCGGUAUAGGCGCGAAGAACGGGAUUCUCAUCAAAGGCGGUCGAGCACUCGAGGCAAGUAAAAGCAUUAAACACGUCUUGGUCGACAAGACAGGCACUGUGACAGUUGGCAAACUCACUGUCGUGGGUAUGCACUGGGUACCCGCUCCGGGUUUGAUCUCGAACACGGAGUUGUAUGCUGGAGACACUGACCUGGAAGGAUUCUGUGCUGAUGGAGUCACGAGUCGCAAACAAAUCAUUGCUAUGGUCAGUGCCACUGAAGCUAGGUCCGAGCACCCACUCGCGAAGGCUAUUGCUACCUAUGGCAAAGAGCUUCUCGGUACAUCGGGUCCUCAAGCUGAUGUACAAGGUUUCGAGAGUGUCACUGGCCAAGGCGUACGGGCUAAAAUCACUUGUCAGGGCAAGAGCGCUACACUGUUAGUUGGCAGUGCGGCGUUUGUGACUAUGAGUGGCGAAGGAAGCCUUCUUGACGCAAACAGAGAUUAUGCGCACCAAUAUAUCCCGUCGUCACUUCUAGCCUAUGAAGAACAGGAAACUUCUGUGGGACGCACAAUCAUCUUUGUGUCCUUGGUCCCAAACUCUGGCAAGGCCGUUCACCCACAGCCAUUACUUGCGGUAUCGCUGGCGGACGCACCAAAGCCCUCAAGCCGGCAUGCAAUCAUGGCUCUCGAGAAAAUGGGCAUUGAAGUGGGUAUGUUGACUGGUGACGGAAAAUCCACCGCUAUUGCUAUCGCCAAGCAAGUGGGCAUUCGUCCGGAAAAUGUAACUGCUGGCAUGAGUCCAAAAGGGAAGGCGUCGAUUGUGACGGAGAUGAUGGAAAGAUACGGGGGUGGUAUUGCGAUGGUCGGAGAUGGAAUCAACGAUUCCCCUGCCCUUGUUGCUGCUACCGUUGGCAUUGCACUUUCUUCUGGGACAUCUGUAGCCAUCGAAGCCGCCGACAUUGUACUUAUGCGCUCUGAUCUUCUCGACGUUGUAGCUGCCCUCCACCUGUCUCGCAAAAUCUUUUCCGUCAUCCGACGGAACCUCAUUUGGGCAUGCAUAUAUAAUGUACUCGGCAUUCCUCUGGCAAUGGGCUUCUUCCUGCCUUUCGGAUUAUACAUGCACCCGAUGUUAGCAGGCGCUGCGAUGGCAUUUUCAUCUGUAAGCGUUGUAUGUUCAUCCCUUACACUCAAGUGGUGGACCCGCCCCAUGGACAGUGUUAUGCCGGAGGAAAGGCUUGCAAGGUUCGGCUCUCGCGGAGGCGUUGCACUCGCUGCUACGCCCACUGCAGGCCUUGCCACAGCAGAUAGUGGCGCCGGGUGGACGGGCAUGUUCAUGGAUAGCGCAGCAAGCGUUCUGGAUACGGCUAGGGUGAGGGCGUUCGGAAACCUGUUCAGCGCCGGUGUGAGGCAACCUGAGGCAUAUGGAUAUAGCCAGCUACCUGUGGAAAUGGAGCAGACGCGCAACCAGGGUCAGACUGGACUCGACAGAAGUCCGGUUUAA